CUUUAUUUUUUUUUUUUAUUAUUUUUUUUCCACUUUUUCAUUCAAUCCCGAAGCGAUGCCGAAGGCUCUGCGGGACCUGGGAGCCGCCUUCACCUUCCUCCAGCUCCUCCUCCUCCUCACCAGCGUGGAGCCGAGACCUCAGGGCUGGGACCAAGAGAAAUUCCGUUUGGAAAGCAUCAAAAAAGAAAUCCUGGAAAGGUUGGGGCUAUCGGCACCCCCCGUGCUCCGGACCCCGCUGGACACCCAAAGCAUCCGCAGAGCUCAGCGGCUUUACCGGCAGAAAGUGGCGGAGCUGACCGCGAACCGGAGCCGGGAGGCGGAACCGGGAACCCAGCCCGGGAUCAAGCGCCGGCACCGCUUGACCCCCACUCUGCUACACCAGCUCGAUGUCCCCCAGGGCCACCAGAACCCCCAGGGCCACCAGGACCUCCGUGGUCCCCACCAUUACCACCUCCUCCUCUCCCGCACGGAAUCUUUCCACCGGCAGCUCCAGGUGAUCCGGGCAGAGCUGAAACUCUUCCAGCAAUCCCUGAUGUCCCCUGACGUGACCCCACCCGACACCUCGGUGGCCCCCCGGGUCAGCAUCUACACCCGAGGGGAGGUUGGGGGGACCCCCCAGCUCCUCCAGAGCCAAGAGCUGGCUGGUCCAGCUCCAAGCCUGGAUAUCACUGGAGCCAUCCAAGCUUGGGCCACCAGUCCUGAGGACACACUGCACCUGGAGCUGGCCUUCACCACCCAUGUCCCAGCCUUUUUGGCCACCUUGGAGAACGAGACACUGGCCCUGGAGGUGGAAACCUAUGAGAACGUGGGAAGGGGGUCCAGGAGAGGGCGAGGAUCCAGGAAAACCCGAGGCUUGGAGGAGGAGUGUGGGAAGAGCGAUGGGAAGUGCUGCCUGAAGACCCUGAAGGUUUCCUUCCAGGACAUUGGUUGGUCAGACUGGAUCAUUGCUCCCAACAGCUACUCCAUGAGGUUCUGCCAAGGUUCCUGUCCCCACAACUACAAAGCUGCCACCAUGCACGCCCAGAUCCAGGCUCGUGUCCAUGCCCUCUCCAAGGCCACCCCCCCACCCUGCUGUGUCCCCGCUGCCUACGACCCCAUGGUGCUGAUGCACUACGAUGGGGAGGGCAGGUUGGUGUCCACCCUCUUUGAGGACAUGUUGGUCACCAGCUGUCACUGUGCCUGAUGCCACCCCCUUGGAUUUAGGGGAAAAGGAGCCACACCACCAAGGGAUGGAUCUGGCAUCAAUCCUCACCGGGUCAGCUCCAGAACCCCAAAAAAGCCACAAAACAUCUCCAGCUCAGCCCCGGGGGUGAUGUUCUUCUCCACAAGGACUUAAACCUCCUCCUGGUCUCUUCCUAUAUUUAAAUCCAGCUUUUCUCAGGGAGGUGGAACCUUCCCACCCAAAAGAGCCCAAACGGGCUGGGGGGGUUCUGUCCCCAAGUGUUCU